AUGGAAUUCCAGUUCCGCGCCGGCGACGAGCCCAGCAGGCCUCCUCCGCCGGCGACAGACUCUGCGGCUACGUCGGCGGAUUCCCAGUCUGCGGCCACGCAUGUGCGAGAUAGCCACGGCGAUCACAGCAUGGGAUACCACGGGGAGAACGCCGGGCCUGUUCCGCCCCCGGCAUCUGACCCGGAUGAGCUGUGGCGACAGGCGGCCAAGGCGAGGAUAAGGGAGCGGAUCCUGCGGGAGGAGGCGGAGCUCGAGGCGCUCGAGGCGCAGGUCAGGCGUGAGCUCAUGGAGGAGCGCACCCCGUUGCUGCGAUCCGGACUGGGGCGGUCGGCGCGCUCUGGCGCGGCC